CACACACACACGUAUAUAGGAAGCGAAGGAGCUCCCCAGCAGUGUUGGAUAUGACUCGUCGGCUGUCGGAGUGACAGUUGGGAAUAAACCAGUUCUUCAUCCAGUCAGGGUCGCGUGAAGAUGAAGUGACGCAGGCGACUUCACAGCUUUUCAUGUUUCCAUCAGACAAAACACAACAACAAAGAUGUCGGUGAAGCUGCGAUUCGACUCGCCCUCAGACGGCGGUCUGGUCCACAGGAGCCGCUCCUUCACCGGGUUCAGCUCUCUGACUGGACGACGACGGCCGUCCUCCGCCCGGAACUCUCUUCGCUCCAAAGCCACCACGGGGGGGAAAUCUCCCAGGAUGCACCUCUCUCCCAGCAGAGGGGGUAUCUGGUCUCUGCAGCCGGAGCAGGUCGACAGCGUCUUCCAGGCGCUACGCAAAGGACUCAAGGAAUACCUGGAGGGUCACCAGGUGGAGAUGGACUUCCUGUCGUCACAGCAGAGAGAGACCAAGAGGAACUCCAGGCUGGCCUUUCUCUACGAUCUGGAGAAGGAGAUCAGAGCGCUGGAGCGAUACAUACGGCGACUGGAAUUUCAAAUCAGCAAGGUGGAGGAGCUGUAUGAGACCUAUUGUAUCCAGUGGAGGUUGUGUCAGGGGGCGGUCAACAUGAAGAGAGCCUUCUCCCUGUCCCCGUCCACCAGAGCCUCCAGGGAGAGUCUGCUGGAGCUCAACCGCAACCACAGACACAGCCUGCAGGACAUGUCUGUGAUGGAGGGAGAGUUAGAAAUCCUCCUCGGAGAGCUACACAUCAAAAUGAAAGGUCUGAUCGGCUUCGCCCGGCUCUGCCCUGGGGACCAGUAUGAGGUGGUGGUGCGACUGGGCCGCCAGCGGUGGAGGAUCAGAGGGAGGAUCGAAUCCGACGACACGCAGUCGUGGGACGAGGAGGAGAUGGUCUUCCUCCCUCACAUACACCACAACUUCGAGAUCAAGGUGACGGAGGCGAAGGGUUUGGGUUGGCUGCUGGUUGGCAUGGUAACGUGUGCGAGCGCAGACUUCUUCGUGGCGAGGCCUCAGCUGAUGCUGGUGGACAUCACGGAGCUGGGGACCAUCAAACUGCAGCUGGAGGUCACCUGGAAUCCGUUUGACAGCGCUGAGAAGAUGAGGCCUCUGUCCGUCAGCAGGCAGUCGGUGGCCAGCAGGAAGAGCUCAGUUUACAGCUGGACCGCACCGAGCACCCCCUCCUUCACCGAGAAGUAUUUCAUAUCGAUGGUGCGUGAGCUGCGGGAUCGAGAAGGUUCCCUCCCGUCUCUGGUGUCUAAAGGUCGUCACAACAGAGGAGGCGUGUCUCUGCUCAGUUACCUGUCCGACCCCUCACACACCUCCGUCAUGUCCAACCACAUCCCCAAAAGCCCCUACACCCCGAGUCUGACGCGGGCUCACAGCUACCCCUCCUGCCCCAGUCAGGGCACCAGUCUGGGAGGGAGCCAGACUCGGCUGUCUCUUGGGGAGGAAGGAUCCCUGGAGGUCUCCACAGAGGAGAGGGAGAGGAGGAAGAGCAUGGAUGAGAAGGAGGAGGAGGAAGAGGAGGAGGAAAGGUGGGGAGCAGUGUUAGAGACUCCCUCUACACCAGGGGAGAGUAAGACGGGAUCCCUGCUGGCCCUGCAGAGGUCCAGUACUCCUGACAUCCUCAGGAAGAACACAGCUGGAGAACCAGAUGUUGAGACACACAGUGCAGCCCCAGGACAGGACUCUGUCAGUGUGCAGGACUCCCCAGACUGUCAGUCGUACUCGGCUUCACCUACGCUCGCUACCCAGCCUCCACCUGCGGCCCCAUCGUCAACCACCACGAGGGCCGCUCCGGCCCCGGGGAGGUCGGGGAUGAGUGGCGCCCAGCGCAGGGCCCAGGCGCUCAGGCUGGGGGCCCUGAUCGCAGAGCUGGAGAAGACGUUACAGAACCAGAGUCUGUCUGAGAAGGAGCUGAGAGCCCUGGACCACCAGAUACUGCACCUGGCCACCAUCCUGAAGAACGACCUCUCCCUAAUGAAGAGCUCAUCAUCGGAGGAGACGCUCGCUGUCGAGGAAGUCCUGGGCAGCUUUGACUUCCUGUCACAUGACUUCAACGCGGAUGACGACACUUCCUGUUUGGGCAGCCUGAGACUAAAGGACAGUGGCAUCAGCUCUUUCCAGCAGAGCACACUGAACAGCCAAUCAGCUUCUGAGGAAGAGUUGGUCUUCAUCCCUCUGACUUCUGGGAAUUGGGGUUUUGACCAAGCUCUAGAGACUCACCUGGAUAUCUGCCUCCUCCUGCUACAGAUGAUUAGAACGACUGACUUCUGCCCGUCUCGGAGGGAGCUGCUGGAGGAGGUGGCUCUUCAGGCUGAAGUCCUGGACAGAGUCAGCUGUCUGCUGCUGGAGAAGAACAACAACAUCUGCGCUCGUGACAUCCUCCCUAAGGCCCAGAGAACGAGGGAUGUCUUGUUGUUCUGGGAUGAUUGUGUGAACGACAGCAGCUCUCCUUUCUAUUGCCCGGCCAGCAGCUUCUCCAGGACACUGAAGAAACGUUACACGCACAAGGUGAAGGCCAAGCAGCCCGGCCAAUCAGAGAAAGUGUUUUCCCAGCUCCUGCAGCAGGUCCAGACGGCCUGUCGCAUGGUGCCCAGCCCUCGGCCGCUCUGCAGCCCAGACAGAGUCACCCUGUUCCAGCUGUCGGUGUAUCUGAAACGCUGGAGCGUCCAGGAGCUGGGAGAGCACAUCUCCCGCCUCUCUAAAGAAGAGUACAUCCUGUCGGCCCUCAGGAGCCCCAAACGGAGGCGAGCGCUCAACAAACUGAGAGGGCGGAGCAUCGUGGAGCUCCUCCCACUGGGGUGCACGCUGCAGACCCUGGCCGCCCUGCAGGUCGACUCCAACCACAAAGUCUGCAAAGCCGCCGCCAACUGUCUGUGCAGAGCCGCAGGCUGCAAGGCCUUCAGGAGCAAGGCGCUGAUUCACUACACAGAGAGUCUGAAGAGCUCCGACCUUCAAAUCCAACAUGGCUCCUGUCUGGCUCUGAAGUGCCUCCGGGCGACAGAGAGUGUGGACCACAUAGCAGAUCUGUGGAGAUCAGCGGAUGAAGAUCUUCGCAGCGCUGCCAGAGAGACCGUCCUCUCCUUUGGUAAGAAGGGCUUCCUGGCCUUCCAGAGGAUGGACCAGCUGUACACCGAGAUGCAGGAGGAGGCUUAUCAGAACCAAGAGACUGAGAUUACCAUUCUAUAGGAGACAUGUGUGGAACUGAAACAUCAAGAGUCUCGAUGAACCCGGGUGUCGGGGCGAGAGACUGAAUGAUGAGCUGGAUGAUGAAGUUUAUGAGCUUGCACUGAAGGGGAAUGACAGGACGAGGAUAACAAUGAAUCUCUGGUGCCUUCAUAACUACGGAUACUAAAGGGACGAGAGCGGAGGACGAUCUGAUGACGGCGACUUCAAGCUUCCUCUGGACGGAUCGUUCAAUCACUGACGUUAGAGUUUUCCUACAAAGCCUCAAUGUUCUUGAUCCUGUGACCAGAGAAGAGACUUUACGGGGAAACAUGGAUUUAUUUUGUUCUGUUCUCUGUCGCAGCAGUUAGUUUAUUUAACCAGAUAAAUUACCAUGUGCAGCUUUAAAAUUAUUCCUGCUUUUCCAGCGUCGGGACUCGCUUUCAACAACCAGUCUAUGAGGUUGUUUUAUUGGGAAAAUGAAGGAUAAAUAUAUUAUUGUAAUUUCACAUAAUGUCACACGAGUAUGUAAUUAAGAGAAAAAUGGAAAAUCUCAUGUGAACAUUAAACCCUGAGGGACCAAAUAAAUCCUCAUCAGCAGCUGCAGACGGUGUAAAUCUACCUGUGGCAGGUUACUUCUUUCUCCGAGUCGUAUUUAAUUUCUAUAUUUUCAGGCUUUGCGGAAACAAAAUGGCGGCUGAAACGUUUCCACAAACACAAACAGGAGCAGAGACGUUCGAGGAUGCCGGAGGAUUAUAGAACAAAACAACUGCGGCAGGAAGCCAAACAGCUUUAAGAGGUUUUACUCUUCUUCUCUGGGUUUCCUGGUUUGCAGCUGCUGGAGGCUGAUGAACAUCUGGAUUUCAUGAGUUGUCAUUUGAGAUACACUUAUGCAUUGAUUUGCUUUUAUUUAGCUUGAAGGAGGAAACACAGAUAAGUGGUCGGCCCUGACGUCUUAUUACUGAUUGAUAAAGAAUCUCUGGUAACACUUAAUAAUAAAGUUUCAAAACACAUGAAUGUUAAUGAAAGAAACGAAUGAAGGAUGUGUCACAACUUCCUGUUUCCCACCAUUAGGAAAUGAUCAAGUCACUGAGUUUAUGUGAUUCUUAGUGGAUCAGUUACGUCAUACAACAGCUCUAUAUAAACAUUUAAUGAAUAGUUGACAACACACUAUUUGUCAGCUUCUCCUAUGAAGACACAGUUUGUUGUUACAACAGCGUUUUAGUACAUGUUCAUUCCUCAUCUCUUCAUACAGCAGCCUCCAUCUCCCUGAAAUCUAAAGAGAGAAAUCCAUAUGAUGAAAAGUAUAUGCUUUGCUUGUUGUACAUUGAACCUCGGCAUGUGACAAAUAAAACUUUGAACUGCUGUUUAGUAGCAGCAUCACUUAUAUCUGAAACAUAAAAUACAAUAAUAAAACCCACCGCCCUGCGAUAAUAUCUCAUAUCACAAUAUUUGGAUCGAAAGUUUGGAUGUCACCCCAGCCUAGUACAUUAUCAAACACCGCAGUAUCAUGGGUUAUAAAGCAUUUAUUAAAUGUUUAUAUUCUGCUCAUACAUUCACCUCUGUGCCACCAGAGCUGCUGAACCCAGUUACAUAGACAAGGACUAGAUCUGUAGAAAGCACAACAGUAACUGAGAUUAAGACAUGACUUUACUUGAGGCGGCACAACCAGGUAACUCACAGUAAUAAUAAUAAUAAUUA